AUGCCAAUUGAUAAAGUUUUGAAAGGCAUGGGCUACAAACCCAUUGCCAUUAUUGGUGAGGGCAGUUUUUCCAAAGUUAAACUUGCCACCUCGAAGAAGCAUCAUUGUGAUGUGGCCAUCAAAAUCGUGGACCGCGAAAAGGCUGAGAAAAAGUUUGUCGAAAAAUUUCUUCCACGUGAACUGGCAAUUUUGAGACAAGUGAAGCAUGAACACAUCAUUCAAGUGUUUGAAUUCAUUGAGGUGGGCAGUAGGCUACUGUGUAUCGUCAUGGAAGCAGCAGAAAAAGAUCUUCUCAAGAAGAUACAUGAAGUCAACCGCAUCUCAAAAGACCAAAGCAAAACUUGGUUCUCUCAGAUGGUCAGUGCUGUUGACUACCUGCACAAGUUGGACAUUGUCCAUCGAGAUCUGAAAUGCGAAAACAUACUGCUGACAGCUAAAGACCAAGUGAAGGUCACAGACUUUGGUUUCGGCCGCUUCGCUGACACCUCCGACUGCAGUAGCACCUUCUGCGGUUCUGCAGCCUACACGCCCCCUGAAAUCAUUCUGGGUGAAGCAUAUGAUCCAAAGAAAUACGACGUAUGGAGCCUUGGGGUGAUUUUGUACGUCAUGGUCACUGGAACUAUGCCAUAUGAUGACAGAAACAUGAAACAUCUUCCACGUCUUCAACGGAGGGCUUUGGUUUAUCCAGACAGUGCUGAUGUUGAGGAAUCAUGCCGUACCUUCAUCGGGACCCUGCUCCAGUUCAACCCAUCCCAACGUCCAACCAUCCAACAGGUGGCAGAACAUCCGUGGCUGCAGGUGCCAAAAGACCAGGGCGCAAGCACUGCCGAUUAA